AUGACUGUAGCACCAGGCACUCAAAUACCACCAGCUUCCUUCAAUUACAUCCCCCACUCCAAAGACUCGGAAUCAAUCCAAGCCUGUGGAAUUCCAAUAUCCCUCAACGCCCAUGAGGAGUGGAAGGGCAAGCGAGUCGUCGUCAUCAGCGUACCGGGCGCAUUCACUCCGACUUGCCACGCCAACCACCUCCCCCCAUUCGUCGCCAAGGCCUCUGAGAUCCACGAUAAGGGCGCAGACGUCAUUGCGUUUCUCAGCUCAAACGACCCGUUCGUGUUAAGUGCCUGGGCCAAGUCCGCGGGCGUGAAAGACAACUCUAUCAUCUUCAUCAGCGACGGCAACGCGGAGUGGUCAAAGCAAUUGGGCCUCGACGUCGACCUCACUAGCAAGGGCAUGGGCAUGAGGUCCUCCCGCUACGCACUCAUUAUCGACGACCUUAAAUUGAGCUACGUUGCACAGGAAGAGCCAGGCAAAUUACAAGUGAGCUCUGCAGAUGCUAUCCUCGCUAACCUGUAA